CCGACCCGAGCGGACGUGCUGUCAAUUAUGUUACCGGUGUCGCGACACGUACGAUAACAGUAUCCGAACGUUUACAAAAGUGAAGUUUUGUGAACAUGUGUUGUAUUGUUUUGAUACAUUGAUGGAUUUUGUUUGAAGUUGCUGGGACCUGGUAAAUUAUGGUUAUUGUCAGCGUAUUUAAUAGGACCGCGGAAUUGGACUAAAACCUCAAAAGUGUUCAAAUCGAAGAACUUUCCCAGCGUUCGGUCUUUCUUUCGCUGAAUGAAGUCGAAAGGAGUGAAAAUGAAAUACCUGCCCACUGUUGGGCAAAAGGAAACUUACACGUUACUCACAGUUAGACGGAGAUACAUGAAGAAACUGAUGCGACAGCACGUGUCGGCGCCAUGGAGUUCCACGACGACAGCAGGCUCUCGGGCGCAACACGAACUUUUCGAACUUCUCGAGAGGGUGCAAUGUUCCCGGCUAGACGACCAGAGGGCGGUGCUGCCACCAUACUUUAGUCAGGUGACGAACCGUCGGCCAGUGUCGGUCGGGGUGACGGACGAUGACCGUGUGCCGGCCCUUCACGGCCCGCCGUCGUCGCCCGGAGCGGCGGCGGUGCAGCGACGGGUCGCAGCCGCCUGUCAGGCCAGCAGGAAACUCCUGGAGGAGACACUGGCUAAGCCUGGUAUACCCCCGUCCAUCGUGCUCCCGCCGAACGGCGGGUACUGGGUCGACGGGAUCGACGAGGGAACCCCCGAGGAGGAGCACGAGCGCCAGCCGGGGACUCCCCGCCAGGGCUCGCGACGACACAACAUCGACACAGACGACAGCGCCAAGUACUACCGCCGCUUCUUCUUGGGCAAGGAACACAUAAACCUGGUAGGGUUCGACCCGAACCUGGGCCCGGUGGUGAUGUCGCUGAAGACGGAGAACAUGGCCGGCCAGGACCACACCAUCAUACUGCUGCGGCUCAAGACCAACACCAUGCACGGGAUCAUCCCUACACCAUCAUCCGGAGCGACGCUCUCGCCCCUGAAGAUGGCGAAGAUGUUGAACGUCGAGGUGAACGUCGACAACUUCACGGCGGUCAUGUGUUUAAACGCUUCGUCGUUAAUCGCGGCGUACGACGAACACGUGCUGGUCAACACGUUCAAGUUCGGCGUGCUGUACCAGCGGUACGGGCAGACGACGGAGGAGGAGAUAUUCGGGAACAACGACACGUCGCCGGCGUUUGACGAGUUCCUCGACAUGCUCGGACAGAGGAUAAAGCUGAAGAAUCACAAAGGUUACAGGGGCGGGCUCGACAUCACGAACGGCCACACGGGCACGGAGGCGGUGUACGAGCGGCACCGCGACCGCGAGAUCAUGUUCCAUGUGGCGCCGCUACUGCCGCACACCGCCGGCGACGCGCAGCAGCUGCAGCGGAAACGACACGUCGGGAACGAUAUCGUGGCGAUCGUUUUUCAGGAAAAAGCGACGCCGUUCACCCCCGACAUGAUCGCGUCACACUUCCUGCACACCUUUGUCGUCGUCACGCCGGUUGAAAUCGAAGGGGAGACCAGGUACAAAGUGGCGGUAACAGCGCGCGUGGACGUGCCGUUCUUCGGGCCGACACUUCCUCAGCCUCCCAUAUUCCGCAAGGGACGGGAUUUCAAGGAGUUUCUACUCACCAAGCUCAUAAACGCCGAGAACGCCUGCUACAAGGCCGCCAAAUUCGCUGAACUCGAAAAACGUACCCGGUCCUCCCUACUACAGAGUCUGGCUGAGAAACUGAAGGACAAGACUAUGGAGUUCCUCGGCACGAGUCGGAGCGAGGCGGGCCCGGUGUCGCCGCAGCCGGAGGGCACGCCCAAGCAGGAGGGGCCGCGCACCACGCUUAUUGAUACGGUUAAGCGGGUCUUCGUCAUCAAUAAAGUUAGAUCACCGAGCGUGGAUACGAAUCUCUCUGGCGACAGCAGUAUAAAGAGCAACCCUCUCAGCAAGAAGGUCCCUACCAAUGAUACUCCUACUCCCAAUAGCGGGCGUUCCAAAUCCUCCGUGGCGUCGUCGUCAGCUAGCGCGGUGUCGGUGCGCUCCGCGGGCGGCUCCGGCGGCUCCUCCCCCGACGUGACGUCACGCGCCGCCGCCCCCCGCCCCCCGCGACACGACAGCGACGACUCCAGCCUGAAUAGCGUGGAGCUGGACCCGCUAGAUGACAAGGACUGGCUGAGUUGUGGAAAAGCAACAGGUGCAGUAUACGUGGACAGCGACACGGGUCUCGAGUCCAUGUCAUCAGCGGAGGCUGGCGGCGGCGGCGGCGCAGCGCGCGACGCCGACCUGCGGCAGGAGGUCUGCCGGCUCAAGAACGACAAGCUCGACCUGCUCAAACAGAAUAUUUCAUGGCAGAACGAGAUAAAGUGUCUCCGGGAGCGAGUGAUGACGCUGCAGUCGGAGCUGGCCGCCGUGUCCAAGGACAGGCGACUCCGCGAGACCGCCAUCAUCCCCAACCCCUCCACUCACGACUCCACCGCUUAAGACUUGGACGGAAGAAACGGGCCCUGAGGUCGUUGACCUCAUUGUGUGGUCAACGGCCUCAGCCGAUCAGCGUGGAAAAGACUGCUACGGACCGCUAAAUCCAGCGACUGAUUUUUAAUCUGGAGAAGAAAUGUCAGAAGAAGCCGACAGAUGCUAGAAUGCCCUGGAGUCUCGUGCGAGAUUCAGGUGUAGCCAUUUUGUGCGGCCGCUGCGCUAGUUAUUUAUGGAUAUUGAUUUAAUUUAUACCGAUUUUUUCGAAGAGAUACUUCGACACGUACAUCGAGCAAUAAGCCAAUAUUAUUUUAUCACUUUUCUGAUAUUUGUGCAAUAGCUUUUUAUAUUAUUGUACGUUUACAAUAUUUUCUUGGUACACAAUAUUAUUCGAAAUAAUAUUUAGGAUUUAUGAUAAACGAAUUUUCUAUAGUUAUUUAAUAAUAUAUUAUUUCUUUAUAGUAACACUUUACAAAGAGUUUUGUAAUAAUUUGUUGUUACAUUUACGUCGUAGAUUAUAAAACUAAUAUGCUUUUCUUAUUGAAUUUAGUAAAAUAUAGUUAUUUUACAUUUUUACAAAAGUAUAUUUAAUUGUUUAUUGUAAAAAUAUGUUUGUAUAACUUAAUUAAAACCGAAAUGUUAAGUAAAUAGUUUAAAUCCUAGUGAAAAUUAACAAAAGCCAACUAGUAUCGAUGUGUAAGACCUUUACGAUCUACAAAUAUGUCGGUAGAACAUUUUGAAAAUAUUACUUUCGCGAUAUAAUGAUUAGAAAUUUUAACAUACAUUUAAAACACCUGUUUACUUAACUGAAAUAACUAAUUGUGUCUUCUAAAACUCAAUGUUGUAGGUACAAAAUUGCUUUCUCGAUAUUGUCAUCACAGUAGUUAAAUUCUGAUUCGCACCAAACUCCUGAAGUUAGCUACGCAACACUCUCUAACUUCGCGGUGUACUUUGACUGCUAUACUUUUAUCGAUGUAUUAGGAAUUAAGAAACGGUACCUACAUACAGCCUUUCUCAGUAGAAGCCUACGCAUAAUGGUGCAAGAUCUUAUAGUCUAUUAAAUGUUAGAAUUUAUGAAUAAUAUGUAUUAUUUCUAUUUAUACACCGAACAGCGCAGUGUAAGGAGUAAGCGUCUGCCUGAUUUUAAGUUACGCGUUGUAAAUACUUUAUUAGUUUAGACUUUAAUCAGUAUUUUUCUUAAUUUAUACUUAUGUAAGGAUCGUUUCGAGUGUCUUUGAGUUUGAUUAUGUUUUGUUGUUGAUUAAUAUUUUAUGCCAAAGUUGACAUUCCCCACUACGUAGCCUAGGAAUAUUUACCACAGUAGAGAUGGAUCACUAUUGUAAUACUUGUGUUUGUACCACGGACAGACAGACUGCAAGAUAUAAGUGUACCUGACCACCAAGGAUUGUAUAACAAAACGAGCAAUAUAUAUUUUGUAUUGAAGUUGUUUAUGAACUUGCAGUCCAUAUGUCUCUGGUAAAUCCAGCUUAAUCUAGGUUUACAUUUAGUUUUGUAUUAAAUGUAUUCUUUUAGAUGUUCGUUGAACUGUUGAUUAAAACACUAACUGUUGAUUCGUCUUCUUAGACUUAAACCAAAUAUUGUGAGCGCGGAGCGUUAGAAAAUAUAGUUAUAAUAAGAGAAUGAUACUAUUGAAAUAUAUGGAUAGUUAAUUACUAAAUAAU